AGCUGUCUGCCUCUGGAGGACGAGGAGGGAGACGAGGACGUCACCGUCCGCCAGAUGCUCGCUCCCAGAGCGCACGACCCCGACGCCACAAGCAUCCUGAACAACCUGCUGGAGGACUACGACAAGAAGCUGAGACCCGACAUAGGAGUUAAACCGACUGUUAUAGACGUGGGCAUAUUCGUGAACAGCAUCGGACCGGUGUCCUCUAUAAAUAUGGAAUACCAGAUAGACAUCAUCUUCGCCCAGACGUGGACGGACAGCCGCCUCAGCUACAACAGCACCAUGAAGAGACUGACUCUGAACAGCAACAUGGUCGGACUCAUCUGGCUGCCCGAUACCAUCUUCAGGAACUCCAAGAAUGCAGAUUCCCACUGGAUCACGAUGCCCAACCAGCUGCUCCGCAUCUGGAACGAUGGGAAGGUCCUCUACACGUUAAGACUGACAAUAAACGCAGAAUGCCAGCUGCAGCUGCACAACUUUCCGAUGGAUGAACACUCCUGUCCGCUCAUCUUCUCCAGCUAUGGAUACCCACGAGAUGAGAUGAUUUAUAAGUGGAGGAAGAACUCUGUGGAGGCGACCGACCAGAAGUCCUGGCGUCUCUACCAGUUUGACUUCAUGGGCCUGAGAAACACCACGGACAUAAUAACCACCACCGCAGGUGACUACGUGUUGAUGACGGUGUACUUUGACCUGAGCAGAAGGAUGGGCUACUUCACCAUCCAGACCUACAUCCCCUGCAUCCUCACCGUGGUCCUCUCCUGGGUGUCCUUCUGGAUCAAAAAAGACGCCACGCCAGCCAGAACGGCUUUAGGUAUAACCACGGUUCUGACCAUGACGACCCUCAGCAGCGUGGCCCGGACGUCCCUCCCCAGAGUGUCCUACAUCACGGCCAUGGACCUGUUCGUCACCGUCUGCUUCCUGUUUGUGUUCGCCGCUCUGAUGGAGUACGCGACAUUGAACUACUACUCAUACAGCACCAGAAGACCCAGCUACAUGGAGCCAAAGCGAUCCAACUACUCGGUCCUGGAUGUGAGGCCUCCUCACACCGUCAUCGCUCUGAAUAACUCCCUGUACUGGCAGGACUUUGAGGACGUCUACGAGUGUCUGGACGGUAAAGACUGCCAGAGCUUCUUCUGCUGCUUCGAGGAGUGUAAAGGAGGCGGCUGGAGGAGAGGACGCGUCCACGUGGACUUGUUGGACCUGGACGCUUACUCACGCGUCUUCUUCCCGACGUCCUUCCUGCUGUUCAACAUCGUGUACUGGGUGGGAUACCUCUACCUUUAGCACACGGCGAGGAGGACGGCACGGUUUGACAAAAGAGGUAACGCCAAAUAAAACUCUUUCCUGUGCUACCUGAAGAAGUUACCUGGAUGAGCAGAGGUCUUCAGGUCUGAUCAUCCUGAGACACAGUGAGGAGGACGGGAUGGACUGUGUGUCAACGGCUGGUGUUGUAGGGAAUGUACCGUUAUUAUACAGCCAUCAGUCAAAUCCAGUUGAAGAAAAAACCCGAGGACGUUCAAACCACUCAUAGUGCCUUCCUCUGGAGGGGGUGGAUACAGAUCUGCUACAAUA